AUGCGGUUACGGAGGCGGAGUGUGACGCCGUCACGGCUCUGUGCUGUUGCUGGUCACCGCCCCUCGGGUGUUCCGGCGGCUUCGUUGUCCUCACCGCUCUUACCGUCGUCGACCACCCUCUUCUCGUCUGUCAAGAUGGACCGCAUUGAAUCGCUCUCGAAUACCCUUUCUCAAAUCACGAUGUACGACAUCAAGAGCAUGUACAACCAGGCGAAGAAUGUCGUCUUCAACGUGAGCGAGAUGGAGGCCAAGGUUCGCGAAGCCACCAAUGACGAUCCUUGGGGCGCAAGUUCGACGCUCAUGCAAGAUAUUGCACAAGGGCAUGUUCCGCUGCUAACAUUUAACUUCCAAAAUUUCAACGAGAUCAUGCCUGCUAUAUAUGCUCGGUUUAUGGAGAAAGAAGCCCGUCAGUGGCGACAAAUAUACAAGGCUCUCCAGCUGCUUGAAUACCUUAUCAAGAAUGGCAGCGAGCGCGUCGUCGAUGAUGCACGCUCACACGUAGCCACCAUCAAGAUGCUCCGUAAUUUCUAUUUCAUUGACGACAAAGGGAAAGACCAAGGCAUAAAUGUCCGAAACCGAUCGACCCAGAUUGUAGAGUUGCUGAGCGACGUAGAGAAAAUUCGAUCAGAACGCCGAAAAGCUAAGACGAAUAAGCAUAAAUACACCGGUGUGGGUAAUGAAGCGAUGAGCUUCUCAUCUGGUGGCAGCCGAUAUGGCGGGUUUGGAAAUGACAGCCCUGGGUAUAGCGGUUCGGGCGGAAGCUAUAGUGGUGGGGACUAUGGUGGCCGAGAUUUCAGUAGCAGCUACUCUAAUGGAGGAGGAAGCAGUGGUUUCAGGGACGAUGCGUCAAGACGAUAUCAGGAGUACGAUGCUGGUGACGACGAGGAGCUUCCAUCCCGGCAAUCGGUCUCCUCGAUACCUCAGUCGCCUACUCACGCGCCUCCACGACGCUCUCAAACGGCGAACAGCUCGACGUCUGCAGCGCCCAAAGCCCCCGAGCCACCAAAGGAGGUCGAUUUGCUUGGUAUGGAUGAUGAUGCUUUCGGGAGCGUAACGACGGCGGAUGUAACCACGAUCAACAAAGUUUUGCCUUCGGUCACUCAGCUCACGACAGAUGGUGACGAUGAGUUCGACGACUUCCAGACUGCACCGACGAUAGCUUCAGCUCCUAUCGCGCCGGUGGUUCAGCAGCUUGUGCAGCCUGUAAAACCCACCUCUCCGCCUUUGUUUCAACAGGCGCCUAUGCAGGCCAUGACGCCGAUGAAACCCAUGAGCCCGCCAAUACAGCCGGGGAAUACCCUUAUGCCCAACAUCACUGGCGGCAUGCCACCCAUGAAUCGGAUGGGCAGCAGCAACCUCGGGUCGCUAAUGGGGUCUGCUGCACCCUCGGCCACCCGAACACCAUACAUGUCGCCAACUGCUGCACCCAUGCAAAGCUCCAUUUUUGGGUCGCACGCUGCGCUCACCCCCACCGCGGCGCUUGUGCGGGCCUCAGCAACGUCGCCCCCGGCUGGGGGUGUUCCCAAGCCUGCUGCGAGCGCCAACUUUGACGACUUGUGGUCCAUGUCGUUGGGGUCAGGCUCGUCAGCGACGAAGGCUCCGGGUUCGGGUCCUGCAAAGUCGAUCAAGGAUCUGGAGAAGGAAAAGGCACAGGCGGGUAUAUGGGGAUCCGGCCAGAGGCCACCUAUGGCCGCUGGGUUUGGGUCGUUUGGUGGCGCAGGUACCGGUACACCAUCGGCAGCUGCUCCGCCGUCGUCUGGCGGAGGAUUUGAUGACCUGCUGUUCUAG